CUCCAUAACCUGUUUCAUCGAUUAAGUGUCUUUUGCUUCGAUAUCUAUCGUAUACUACUUUUAGAAAUAAUAUUCAAAAAAUGUCGGGAAGAAGAUCACGUCCGAGGCAAUCAUCAGGAACUACAAGGAUCUCAGAGGAUCAGAUCAACGAUCUCGUUAUCAAGUUGCAGCAGCUUCUUCCUGAGCUCGGGGACAGUCAUCGUUCCGAUAAGGUUUCAGCAGCGAGAGUGCUACAAGAUACAUGCAACUACAUAAGGAAUCUGCAUAGAGAGGUUGAUGAUAUCAGUGAGAGGCUAUCUGAGUUACUUGCAAACUCAGACACUGCUCAAGCCGCUCUAAUCAGAAGCUUACUUACCCAAUAA